GCCCGCCACGUCGUUACACUUGCAAUACUCACCCUUCGUUUCCCCUGAAAAUUCUUCUGUCCUCUCUCUCUCUUCUCUCUCUCUCUCCUCUCUCACACCUUCCCUCAAAUUCUCACUCUCCCAGUCUCUCUCUCUCUCUGCUUUCUUUCUCUCUCUAGGGGAUUUUCGGUUCUUUCGAUGCCAUGAGAUCAUCAUACCCGCGCACUACUUCCCGGCGACGUCAGCCGUCGGGAAUUCCCCGCCGUUUGCCUCCCCCCAGUUUCCCGCCCAACAACUUCUACCGCCAAACCCCUCCUCCCUCCCGCACAAGCUUCAUCGUCGAGCUACUCGCCGAUCACCGGAGUCUCCGAAAGCAUGAAAUCGACGCCGUGAUCGCUAACUGCAAGGCCAGGCCCGAACGCGUUGAGGUUUCUCCAGCCAGUCGCAUCGUGGCCUCCUUGUUCUACACGCAAUGGGUCGAUGCGCUAGAAGCCCUCGUUUAUUUUUGGGAGUCCCGGCUGGACCGGUUUCAUGAUCUCACUCCUAAGUUGAACCGAAUCGUCUCUGUUGCCUCCGAUCUCGACGAGCUCCGGGACCGGCUGAAAGCCCUGUUCUCCGGCCGGAUUAAGAAAUUGAUGGACGGAGAGGCGGUGAAGAAGUGGGAGGCGAAGCGAGUUUGGCUGUGCAACGACAACGAACGAGUUUCCAAGUUGCUCCGGCGGCAUAACCAUCUGUGGAGUUUCAGCGAGUUGAAUGAGACACUAAAGAGGAACAGGAGCGAAAUUCAAUUGGUUGAGAGCAGGAUUAGGGAGUUUAAGUCCGCCAUGAAUUGCUUGCUUGAUUAUCUUGAGGGGAAAGGGGCGGAGGAAUCGGGUGAAGAAGGGGUGAGGGUGUUCAAAUUUUCGAGUGAAGUUUAUGAUUGGAGUCAAAUUCACAGCUUAAUAGUUCGGGAAUGCCGCAGGCUGGAAGAAGGGUUGCCCAUUUACGCUUAUCGGCAGCAAAUUCUAGAGCAAAUUCUUACCCAGCAGGUCACGGUAUUGAUUGGAGAGACUGGCUCAGGGAAAAGUACACAGCUGGUGCAGUUUCUUGCCGAUUCUGGAAUUGCUGCCGAGCAGUCCAUUGUAUGCACUCAGCCUCGAAAGAUUGCUGCCAUGUCGUUGUCGCAGAGAGUUAGAGAAGAAAGUAAUGGGUGUUACGGAGGAAAAUCAGUAUCUUGUAAUUCAACAUUUUUGUCAGGACAGCAGUUGGUUUCGAAGGUGACAUUUAUGACAGAUCACUAUUUACUGCAGCAUUACAUGAAUGAUACUAAGAUGUCUGGUAUUUCUUGCAUAAUAGUCGAUGAGGCUCACGAAAGGAGCCUGAAUACUGAUCUCCUGUUGGCAUUGUUAAAAGAUUUACUUGGUCGACGGUCUAGUUUACGACUUAUUAUAAUGUCUGCAACAGCUGAUGCCAAUGUGCUUUCCGAAUAUUUUUAUCAUUGUGGAAUCUUUUAUGUAUUGGGGAGGAGCUUUCGCGUUGAUGUUAGAUAUGUACCAUCUUUCACUGAAGGAACUUCUAGUGAUGCUUCCUAUGUUUCUGAUGUGAUGAGGGUAGCAACAGAUGUACACAGAACAGAGAAAGAGGGGACGAUUCUUGCCUUUUUGACUUCCCAGUUGGAAGUAGAAUGGUGUUGUGAUAAGUUUAUAGCACCACGUGCAAUUGCAUUGCCCUUGCAUGGAAAACUUUCUUAUGAAGAUCAAUUUAAUGUUUUCCAAAACUACCCUGGAAAAAGGAAAAUCAUAUUCGCCACUAAUCUGGCUGAGACAUCUCUGACAAUUCCUGGGGUAAAGUAUGUGAUUGAUUCUGGUAUGGCAAAAGAAAGCAAAUUUGAACCGGGAAGUGGCAUGAAUGUUCUCAGAGUUUGUAUGAUCAGCCAGAGUUCUGCUAAUCAAAGAAGUGGCCGUGCUGGAAGAACUGAACCAGGAAUAUGUUAUAGACUUUACUCAGAAUAUGACUUUGAGGCUAUGCCUCCUUGUCAGGAACCUGAGAUUCGCAGAGUUCAUCUUGGUGUUGCAGUUCUGAGGAUUCUGGCUUUAGGCGUCAAGAAUUUACACGACUUUAAAUUUAUUGAUGCACCUUCUUCUGAAGCUAUUGACUUGGCUAUCAGGAACCUUGUUCAGUUGGGAGCUGUUAAGCAAAAGAAUGGUGUUUUUGAGUUAACCCAGGAAGGUCGGUGCUUGGUUAAAUUGGGUGUUGAGCCUCGGCUUGGUAAAUUAAUUCUUGGUUGUUGUGACCUUAACUUGCGUAUGGAGGGUCUUGUUCUUGCAGCUGUAAUGGCAAAUUCCCGCAGCAUAUUUUGUAGAGUUGGUAAUGAUGAAGAAAAGCUUAGAUCAGACUGCAUCAAGGUGAAAUUUUGCCAUCGUGAUGGUGACCUCUUUACCCUUCUCUCUGUGUACAAGGAAUGGGAUUCUUUGUCUCGAGACACGAGAAAUGUGUGGUGCUGGGAAAACAGCAUCAAUGCCAAAACAAUGAGGAGAUGCCAAGACACGGUGAUGGAAUUGGAGUCUUGCCUUAAACAUGAACUCCACAUGAUAAUUUCUGGUACCUGGUGUUGGGAUCCUCGUGAAUCAAAUGAUUGUGACAAACAUUUGAAAAAGGUUAUACUUUCUUCUCUUGCAGAUAAUGUUGCUAUGUUCUCAGGUUAUGAUCAACUUGGUUAUGAAGUGGCAUUAACUGGGCAGCAUGUUAGGCUGCAUCCUUCGUGUUCAUUGCUAGUAUUUGGGGAGAAACCUAGUUGGGUAGUGUUUGGUGAAAUCCUGUCGGUUUCUAAUCAGUACCUGGUGUGUGUCACUUCCUUUGAUUUCAACUCUUUGUCUGCGCUUUAUCCUCCUCCUUCAUUUGAUGUAUCAAAGAUGGAAAGUCGAAAGCUUCAGCUGAAAGUGUUGACUGGUUUUGGCAUUACUGUUCUUAAAAGAUUUUGUGGGAAGGCAAACAGUUAUCUGCUUCAUCUCGUGUCCCGUAUUAGGACAAUUUGCGAGGAUGAACUUAUCAACAUUAAAGUUGAUUACUAUCAGAAUGAGAUUAUGUUGUUUGCCACCUCAAAUAACAUGGAUAGGGUUGAAAGAUUUGUAAAUAAUGCCUUGGAUUGUGAAAAAAAAUGGAUGCGUAAUGAAUGCUUGGAGAAAUGCUUAUAUCACAGUUCUGGCGUCUUGCCUCCUGUAGCAUUGUUUGGAGCCGGUGCAGAGAUCAAACAUCUGGAGCUUCAAAAAAGGUGUUUGACAUUUAAUGUAAUUCAUUCAAAACUGGAUUCUGAAGAUGAUAAGGAGUUACUUAGUGAGCUUGAGAAGUCUAUCUCUGGUGGUAUAUGUGCUAUUCACAAGUUCCCCAGCACUGGGCAGGAAAGUGUUGACAAAGGAAAAUGGGUGAGGGUAACAUUUCAAACUCCUGAAGCGGCUCAAAAAGCAGCUGAGCUAAAUGAAUCUGAAUUUAGUGGCUCCAUACUGAAGGUUAUUCCUUCGCAGGUAGAUCAUAAAAUGUUUUCAUUCCCCGCUGUUAGAGCUAAGGUUUAUUGGCCUCGCAGGCUAAGCAAGGGGUUUGCAUUCGUCAAAUGCCACAUGAAUGAUAUCUAUCCCAUAAUUGAUGACUUUUCUAACCUUGAAGUUGGUGGAAAAAAAAUUCGCUGUGAGAUUAGCAAAAAAGGGGACAUGGAUGCUAUCGUGAUAUGUGGACUAAGCAAAGAUCUGUCCGAGGCUGAAAUUUUGGACGUGUUGAGGACUGCUACAAGAAGGCAAAUCCUUGAUUUUUUUCUGCUGAGAGGAGAUGCUGUAGGAAAUCCGCCAUGUAGUUUUUGUGAAGAAGCACUCUUAAAAGAAAUAUCACCUUUUAUGCCUAAGAGGUAUUCCCACAAUAGCUGCAGUGUACAGGUUUUCGAGCCUGAACCAAAGAGUGUUUUCAUGAGAGCUUUGAUUACAUUUGAUGGAAGAUUACACUUGGAAGCGGCGAGAGCUUUAGAAGAAUUAGAAGGGAAGGUACUGCCUGGGUUCCUUCCAUGGCAAAAGAUGAAAUGCCAGCAGUUGUUUCAUAGCUCUCUAUCCUGCCUCGCCCCUGUCUAUCUUGUGAUCAAGAAGCAGCUGGAUACUUUACUCUCAAGUUUUAUACAUCUAAAUGGUGUAGAAUGCAGCUUAGAUAGGAAUGCUAAUGGUUCCUACCGAGUGAAGAUAUCUGCCAAUGCUACAAAAGUUGUUGCAGAACUGAGAAGACGUGUGGAAGAGCUUGUUAAAGGAAAGACUAUAGACCACGCCAGCCUUACUCCAGCUGUUUUACAGCUUCUUUUCUCUAGGGAUGGCAUCAGUCUAAUGCACGCACUCCAGCGAGAGACAGGAACCUAUAUUCUUUUUGACAGACGUAGCCUCAGUGUACAGGUCUUUGGUUCUUCAGACCAAGUUGGUGUGGUAGAGAAGAAAUUGGUCGAUUCCCUUUUAACCCUCCAUGACAAUAAGCUGCUUGAGAUCCGACUUCAAGGCCAUACCUUACCUCCCGAGUUGAUGAAAGAGGUUGUUAACAGGUUUGGGCCAGACUUACGGGGGCUCAAAGAGAAGAUCCCAGGGGCUGAUUUUGGUCUAAAUGUUCGCCGUCAAGUAAUUUCCAUCCAUGGAAGCAAGGAUGUGAAACAGAAAGUAGAAGAGAGUAUUUAUGAGAUUGUACAGACGUCAGGUAGUUCAACUCAGAGGUUUAAGAGUGAUGUUGAUUGCCCCAUAUGUAUGUGUGAGAUUGAAGAUGAAUACCGGCUCGAGGACUGUGGGCAUUUAUUUUGCCGCUUGUGUCUAGUGGAGCAGUGCGAGUCGGCAAUUAAGAACCAAGAUAGUUUCCCAAUGUUUUGUGCACACGAGGGUUGCAGAUCUCUUAUUUUGUUCAUUGAUCUGAAGUCUCUAUUAUCAAAUGAGAAGCUGGAGGAGCUAUUUAGGGCUUCACUGGGGGCGUUUGUUGCAUCAAGUGCAGGUAUCUACAGGUUUUGCCCGUCUCCUGACUGCUCUUCUGUGUAUCAAGUAGCUGCUCCUGGGACAGACGGUGAACCAUUUGUUUGUGGUGCAUGUUAUGCCGAGACAUGUACCAGGUGCCAUUUAGAACAUCAUCCAUACCUCUCAUGUGAGCAGUACCGGGAGUUCAAGGAAGACCCAGAUUCAUCGUUGAAGCAGUGGUGCAAAGGAAAAGAACAUGUGAAGAGCUGCCCGGUAUGCAGGUAUACAAUUGAGAAGAUAGACGGGUGCAACCAUAUAGAAUGUAGGUGCGGGAAGCACAUUUGCUGGGUCUGUUUGGAGUAUUAUGCAACGAGCGACGAAUGCUAUACCCAUUUGAGGACUAUUCACCUGGCCAUCAUUUGAUAUGAAGUGCUCGUGACGUUUACUUAUCGGUCGGCUUAGAGUGUUGUUGAUAUAUGAUAUGAAAUAGGUAAUGUAGACACAGCAAAUGUAAGUACAUUUUCUCAAUGUAAGUGCUUUUAACCAGACUGAACUCUAGCCAAGUUUUUCGGUGUUCUCAUCAAGUUUGGAUAAUAAGAAAUGAGAAGCUCUGAUGAGAUCAUUCAUCCAA